UAGCAGCAAUCUUCCAUCUCUUCCAUCAAUCUAGAUCUAGCAGCAUUAAAAUCUGAAAUAGUUGUGGAAAAAAAUAAAAAUUGGUUUUGGUUUUGUAUUUCCAAUAAUUGCCAUGCCAUGAAGACUGAAAAUAUUCCAACAGUCGAUCCUGUAUGGACUCACAAUGUUGAAUUAUCAAUCCCAGAGGAAUGUUUACCAAUUAUUGGAAGUUCUCAGGUAUCUUCUAUUUUACAAAACUUGGAUCCCAUUACCACAGCCAACACAGCUAAUCAUGAAGUAAACCCUCAGAACUUGGAUUUAAUAAUCAUACCUACCAGUGACUUGAAUAAGAUACCCUGUAUAGAAAAUCCUCUAAACCUUCAGAGCAACUAUGUAAUUCUCAAAGAAAACUCUAGUACUAAAUCAGUGAAACCAAAAUUACUCAGCUGCAAUGAUAACAGCAAGCAAAAAGAAGGCUUUGAAGAUAUGCUUUAUUUUGUCUGCAAUUUGUGUCCAUUUUUGUGUACAAAAGACAGCAAGAUUACAGAACAUCUAGAGAAUGCACACAAAAACAAAACAGUCAUUAAAUUACCAGAGCUAAAGUGUCCUGCUUGCCAAAAUAUUUUUUAUCAUAAAAUGUCUUUGAGAUCCCACUUGAUUCAUGAUCAUGGUGUAGGGAAUUCAGAUUUGAGCCAAAUAAUUCAAGCUGUGAUAUAUUAUUCCAACAAAACCAAGAGCAAAAUGAAAGAAGCUAAGCAUAAAAUUCAUGAAAAGCUGCAGAAUGUUGAAAAACAUACUGAAAUUAAUGACUUCAGUACAGACACUAAGUCAAUGGGAGCAAAUAAUUAUGCAGGACAGCAUCAGGCUGAUUAUAGCAAUGGUCUACCUAAUAAACAUGAACCCAUAACUAUCCCUCUUCCUCAAAUAGAAAUUCCAUUGAGCAGCUCUGUGAAGAUAAACAAUUCUACUAUGAAACAAAACAUUACUAAACAUCUGGACUCCAAUGAAAUCAAGUGUGGCCUGCCUAAUUGCAAAGUGAAACUACAAGACUUGGAGAAAAUGAACUAUCACAUCAAUAGCCACAGUGGGGAUGGUUUCAAGUGCUUAGAUUGUGGUGAAACUUUUCUCUUUUGGAAACCUUUGACCUCACAUUUGUGGCGCUAUCACAACAUCAACAUGGAGCUGUUUUCUUGUGACAAAUGUGAGUAUAAAACUUACAGCCUAGCCAAAUUGAAUAAUAUCCACAAGUUCAUCCAUAGUGAUGAUAAGAGUUUUUUGUGUGAUAUUUGUAAUAAGGCUUUCAAAAACAAUAAGCAGAUGAGAAAUCACAAGUUGACACACAAAGACAAAGCAAUUCAUUCAUGUGAGGAGUGUUCAAAGACUUUUGGAGACAAAAGGCAGCUUAGGAGCCAUAUGGAUGUGGUGCAUAAAAAGCUCAGGCCUUUUCUGUGUAAUUUUUGUGGGUACAAAGGAUCUUCUAGGAGCUCCCUCAAAAUGCAUGUGAGGCAACAUACAGGUGAGAAACCAUUUUCGUGCUCCGCCUGCUCCUACACCACCUCCGAUCACAAUUCCCUGCGCAGACACAAACUGCGCCACACCGGACACAAGCCCUACAAGUGCAGCUAUUGCUCCUACGCCUGCAUCCAGACCAGCACCUACAAGAUGCAUCUCAAAACGAAACACCCCGGCAUGGAGAAAGACCUCAUGUUCACCUGUCACCACUGUCAGUUCAGGUCGGUGAGCAGGGAGAUUUACUCCGUGCAUAUGGCCACUGUGCACAAAGUGAAACUGAAGGAUGAUUAGAAAUGGGCAAAUGGGGUACCUUCCAAAUUGUACAUAAAAAAAUAUUGUUAGGUGUGUUUUAGUUAAUUUAUUGCCUUUUUUCGUUUUAUAAGUGAUUCAUAAUAAUUAAAUAUAAGUAAUCUU